GAAAGCACGGGGUCAGACAUGUCACCUCAUUCCACAGGGUCUGUAAUGUGUCUGCAUGCCCCGACUCCACGCCCAACCACAUGUACACGUCCCUCCAACACUGGUGACGAGGGCCCAACCCUGAAUAACUUCCAUUCUGGUCCGGCUGACAGGAAGCGCCCCCUCCUCACAGCACAGGGAGGGACAGUGAAGACGGAGAAAGUGUGUGUGUGAGAGAAAGUAGGAGGAUGAGAGCUGAUAUCGGAGGCGAGUCGAUGGUGUCUUAGGCUGACACGUGUUCGUACAACAGGAGAUACAGACCGUAUCUGGACAAAUGAUCUUUGAAGAUUCAUUCGGAGAUCCCGAGUCUGGACCGGAGUCAGGAUUUCAUUUGAAGCGCCCGUCGGAGCAGGUUCUGACGUGGCUUCGUAGGAGUUAACUACAAGACUCAACUCGACUGACAACCUCUGGACAAACACCGUGGACUUAAAGGAUCUACAGCUUUUCAUCAAUUCAGCAGCUAGAAUCAGCCUGGAGUUCCAGCUGUGGUCUUCCGUGGUCUGCUGGCUGCAGGGUAUCUGUGAACGAUGUGUCAAGUGUGAUCUCUCGGGCUGACAGGUGAGUGCAUGUGCCCGCCUCACAAAGAGAGAUUUCUCUUUCCCUGUGUCUCACAUACUUUACUCUGAAUCAGAGAGUCCCCACAAGGUCAGUAAACACAGCAGAGGUACUCUGCCGGGGGCGACAGCAACACAAGAAGUCAAGUGACUGAGCAUCCAGAGAUCCCUCGACCUGAGCGUCAAAGACACUGGAAACCUCGACAUUGUCCGAGCGGAGAGGCGGAGACGUUCGUGUGCGACCGGGGGAGAAGCUUGACUUUGGUUUAUUCCCAGGACUAUUACAGUCUUGUGACUUCAUCUGAAGGGUGACUGAGCAAAACUGAAAGACGAGAUCACAGACAGGCUGAAGCUGCGAGAGGCUGCUGCGUGGGAGAAGUGAGGUCAAAAGGAGCCGGGGAUAACUUUGAAAUCUAUCAGUUCUUUAGGGUCUGAGAUUCAUUUAUAUGGUUUAGCUGCUUCAGCUUGACUGACGUCAUCAAGACGCCGGAGAAGAUCAGAGGAUUUUGCCUAAAACCUGAAACUUUGAACUGGUUGGACUCCGAACUCCACAUCAUCCUCUGCUGUGCUACUACUGGACACUCAGAAAGGAGUCACCUCUUGAGGAUCUCACUGUAGAACUCUCCUGCACCCACCCGGUCAUGGAUUCUCCGGGUGGUCCGUACCUCAACAGGAAGGCCCUCUGCUCACCCCUGGGUGCUGCCCGACUCUGUCAGUUGGCUAUGGGCUGUGCUGUGAUUGCCAUGGUAACCCACAGCGCUGGCUACAGCGGUUCGCAUGGCGUGUUCUGCAUGGCGGCGUGGUGCUUCUGCUUCGCCAUGUCCGUGGUGGUGUUCUUUCUGGAUGCCACGCGUCUGCACAGCUGCCUCCCCGUGUCCUGGGACAACCUGACGGUCACGUGUGCCGCCUUCGCGACGCUCAUGUAUGUGACAGCCUCCGUGGUCUACCCACUCUUCUUUGUUCGAAUCGAGUGCCCCUACGCCGGCUGUCAUGUCCGAGAUUUCCGCAUCGCUGUCACCGUCUGCUCCAUCCUGGGCACUCUGGCCUACGGAGCCGAGGUGGCUUUGUGCCGAGCCAGGCCGGGCCAGGCUGUCGUGGGCUACAUGGCCACCGUCUCGGGCCUCCUCAAAGUCGUGCAGGGCUUUGUUGCCUGCAUCAUCUUCGGAGCUCUGGCCAAUGGGAGCGAGUACUCCCGAUAUGCCGCAACAAUCUACUGCGUUGUCGUCUACGUUCUCUGCUUCGCUCUGACUGCACUGGUGGUCAUAAUGACCGUGUGCGGCCGGACCAAAGCGCUGCGCUGCAUGCCCUUUGACCGCUUUGCGGUGGUGUGCACCCUCCUGGAAGUUCUGCUCUACCUGAGUGCAUCGGUGGUGUGGCCGGUGUUCUGCUUUGACACUAAAUAUGGGUCCCCCGGGAGACCGUCGUCGUGUCCGAGGGGGAGGUGUCCGUGGGAUAGCAAGGUUGUGGUGGCAGUGUUUUCUUUCGUCAACUUUGGACUGUACUUGGUGGACCUCAUCUACUCCCAGAGGAUCAGAUUUGUUUCCUCGCGUGUGCCCACUAACGCACGGGUGUAGCACCACGUGGAACCAUCAUCUGACAUCGCUGGCUUCACCAGUUUAAGUUAUUCAUACGCUUCAAUUUUUGUGAUUUUUGUGAGUGCAUUUAUUUGGUGUUGAAAAAGAGAAAUGGACAUGAGGCCCAGGACAUCACUGGUACUGCACGUGGUAUGCCACUGAGGCCCCCAGACACCCAAAAUUAAAUCUGAAAGUACUGUGGAAUGUGAACAAUGAAUUUUACCAUUACGACCCCUCUGCCGCACCCCAUUGAGGUGACACCUCAUCCCUCGAGCUGACCCCUUCUGCCCUCUGAGUUAUUUGGGGGAGCAGGCACCCUCAACAAAACAACCAGGGCCCAAUCCUCAUCAAACAUGACACUGUCUUUGUUCUUGGCCCGUGGCACAACACACAAUUACCUGCCAUUCAUACUGCAUUUCCAUUCAAAUAACACAUAAAAGUCUUAAAUAUAAAUAGCAAAUCUGACAUUGGCACCUGUGGCAUCCCUGCCAUCUGCAAACCCCACACCAGCGAUCUACGGACCCUCCCCAAGCUGCCAAAAAUACACAUGAGCUGUCUGCGCUCAUACUGAAGCUGUGAGGCAGCACUUAUUAGAGGCUGGCGUCUUUAGAGCCUCUCUAUGAAAUGCUUUAUCCAGUCAAUGAUAAAGAGAAACACCUUUAUCAAAAACCAAACAUCUCUCCAAUGCUCAGAUGACCUGCAGUUUGUGGUGACCGAGUUUGAAAACACAGCAACAUUCACAAUUGCACAAUUUAGAACAUGGUUAGUGUGACCCAGGAACGUUUUCACCAAAGAUGGUAAAUAUGACCUGACGUGUCCUUGACUAACAGAUCUGAUGCCAAAAGGGUUUUUUUCUUUCCAUUUCCUACAUUUACACUGGCAGUUGAAAAUGAUCUGUGUGGUUUAGGGAUAUUGUCUAGUCUAGUCAAGUGUAUUGUCACACAAAUGGGUGAAAUUAGUAAUGUGUCACAGUCAUAACCCUGCAGAGAUUUAUCACAAUGAUUCUACACUUUUGUGUCAGAGUUUCUGCUUUAAUUCUUCUUCAUUUUUUUUAUCUUUGCGGCACGCAACUCACCCAUCACACCCUACAACCUGUAGCUGUUUUUGUUGAAAAUGCUUUCGUAAAUCGACUGUGCACUACCCCUGCUCAUCACCAAACAGAUAACGUUUAAAAGACUAGCUGGUGAACAGAAGAAUUUAGCAGCAGAGGUACAACUGAGCUACGCCCAAAGUUCAUCUGAGUAUGCAGACGUUCAUUUGUUCAGUGUAACGCACAACCUGUGUGAUGACGGGCGGAGGUUCAUAAACGAGAUUCUUCACUGCAGGGUUUUUCUGUUUGUAUGCAGCAGGUGCAGUUAGUUCGUGGUGUGUCUUGUGGGUAUGCUUCACUUUUUCACGGUCACUUGCAUCACUUCUGCCAAGUUCAGGUUCAGGGCACGAUGUCUAGUCAAUCUGAGUGCAUGACCCAACAGACCAUCAAGCUGGUCCUCCAUCAUAAAUUUGCGAGACAGUGUGACUUUCUAUCCUGUUAUUGGAGCAGGAGAGACAGGGGCCUCUCUGGCUUGUCCCCAGAAAUAAAACAGAAGAGGGGAUCUGAUCGCUCACUCCAUCUUUGUUCUCUUACCCUUGAUUUCUCUCUCUCUCUCUCUCUCUCUCCCUCUCUCUUUAAUUCCAUCUGCAACAACAGACAGUCACCUCCUCCUCUGUUUCCUCUCCAUCCUUCAUUCCUCACCGCUUUGAUCUUUGGUCAUCGCUCUUAUCCAGGAUCAAUGUGUUCCCGUCACAUCUGCGAGUGCUAUGGAUGUAUUAUAUUAAGUCCUCGGGAGCCACUUGGGCCUCAGCAUACAUCUACCGAACCCGUCUCGGUGCUCAACAGCAAAUCCAGCACCAGGUGGCUCCUCUCGUAUCCGAAUCUGUGUUGAGACCACAGAAAGCGUCACAGUGUGUCUCCGCGUGAUUAGGGCCAUCGUGACAGUUUUUGUGCAUUAUGUACAUACAGAAAGAGCAGAUGAGCAGUUUAUAAGUGGAUUAAUGUAAACUGUUGUUUUUUUGCAGCAAUAAAUAACUUUGAGUUAUUGAAUUUUUA